AUGUUUCAGGGAAGGAUUAAGGAAGGAAUUGAAUUUUCUUCUUCCUUGACCAAAUCGUUCUUAUCAUCGAAGACAAACCCUAUACCUCGCUAUAACACUAACUCAUCGAAGCAGACGCUACAGUUCGCAUAUCUGGUCAUCGCCCUAUCAUCGGUCGUUGCUCUGCUUUAUCUUUGUCAUUCAUUGAAUCAGAUGGAAGUGAAGCUAUGGAAUGAUAAACGUGAGAGAGAAAUGUAUGAAAAUUUUGCUGAACUUUAUGCAAUAAUCAAAGCCACAGAAAAACUGGAAAAAGCAUACGUUCGUGAUAUAAUCCCAUCAUCUGAUUAUGAAACAGAAUGUCAAAAACUAAUUGCACAUUUCAAAACCCUUUCAUCAAACCUAAAAGAUACAGUCCCCAGUAUCGAAAGAUUCCAUGACACAUACAAAAUGGACUGCCCUGCCGCCAUGAACCGCCUGAUAACCUCCGGCGUCCCCGCCACGGUGGAGCACAGGGCGGCAGCCUCCGCCUCCGGUGGAAGCUCAGCUGCGAUUGUGGCGGAAUGUGUUGCGAAUUUCAUCACUGCAAUGGAUACUUUGAAGCUGAACAUGGUGGCUGUUGACCAAGUUUUUCCUUUGCUUUCUGAUUUGUUGGGUUCGUUGAACAAAAUUCAAGGCAACUGCAGUUUGACUUGGAUUCUUCUUAUAAUUCUUUCAUGGCUGCAUUGCCUACUGAUGGGAAUUGAGUUCAUUUGGUGUUAAUGCAUGAAGUGUAGCAUGAAUUUGGAUGGCUUGGGAUUAGAAGCUUGAUUUAGUUGUUGUGUUUGUAAGUAUUCUUUUAGUAUACAUAGAACCAUAUAACAUGUGCUUGUUUUGCUGCUUUCUUAUGUUUGUACAAGGGUGGUUUUGUUUGUAAGGCAAGAUGACUUACAAUUUUUUGUAAAUUGUUGAAGUUUUAAAACAUUGUUUGAUGUUGAAUUUGUUAAUG